AUGGACAAUAUUAGCAGCGACGAGCUGACGCGGCUCCCGGAGACGAUAAACUUUUCGGCCGAAGAGGAAAAGGUCCUCGCCUAUUGGCAGAGUGAGAAAGUGUUUGAGAACUGCCUGCGCCAAUCGAAGGGCAAACCGAGGUACACGUUUUACGAUGGGCCACCAUUUGCAACCGGGUUGCCCCAUUACGGACACAUCUUGGCCGGCACGGUGAAGGACAUUGUGACGCGGUACGCACACCAGCAAGGUUACCACGUGGAGCGGCGCUUCGGCUGGGACUGUCACGGGCUGCCGGUGGAGUACGAGAUUGACAAGACGCUCAACAUCCGCGGCCCGGAAGACGUGGCCCGGAUGGGCAUCAAGGCGUACAACAAUGAGUGCCGCAAGAUUGUGAUGAGGUACGCGAACGAGUGGGAACAGAUUGUGGGUCGGAUGGGUCGCUGGAUCGACUUCAAGAACGACUACAAGACCCUGUACCCGUGGUACAUGGAGUCGAUUUGGUGGGUGUUUAAGCAGCUGUACGCCAAAGGGCUGGUGUACCAGGGCGUGAAGGUGAUGCCGUACUCGACCGCCUGCACCACGGCACUGUCCAACUUCGAGUCGGGCCAAAACUACAAGGAGGUGACGGACCCGGCCGUAUUCGUUUCGUUCCCGCUCGUCGGUGAUAAGGACGGGGCGGCACUCGUCGGGUGGACGACCACACCGUGGACCCUGCCCUCGAACCUGGCCUGCUGCGUCCACCCGGAGCUGGUGUACGUGCGGGUGAAGGAAUUGCGCACCGGAAAGUUUUACAUCGUGAUGGAGUGCCGGCUGGAGGCGCUGUUUAAGGGGCCAGAAAAUUACGAAAUCGUCGAUCGGUUCCCGGGCGCACAGUUGGCCGGGUUGCGGUACGAGCCACUGUUCGAUUACUUCCGCAAGUAUGACGACGUGGCGUUCCGUGUGCUGACCGAUACGUACGUAACGGAGGAGUCCGGUACGGGUGUGGUCCACCAGGCACCGUACUUCGGCGAGGACGAUUACCGCGUGUGUCUGGCAAACGGGGUGAUCCGGCGCGACCAGGAGAUCGUCUGCCCGGUCGAUGCGAGCGGCAAGUUUGUCGAUCCGGUGACCGAUUUCUGUGGGCAGUACGUGAAGGAUGCGGAUAAGCACAUCGUGAAGCUGCUGAAGGAGCGCGGCCGGUUGGUGCUAGCGUCGCAGGUUAAGCAUAACUAUCCGUUCUGCUGGCGAUCGGAUACACCGCUCAUUUACAAGGCCGUUCCGUCGUGGUUUGUGCGCGUGGAGCACAUGAACAAGCAGCUGCUAAGCUGCAGCUCGCAGACUUAUUGGGUGCCGAGCUACGUGAAGGAGAAACGAUUCGGCAACUGGUUGCGCGAAGCACGCGAUUGGGCCAUCAGCCGUAACCGGUACUGGGGAACACCGAUUCCGCUGUGGAUAUCGCCCGAUGGAAAGGAGAUCGUGUGCAUUGGCAGCAUCGACGAGCUGGAGCGCUACUCGGGCGUCCGGGUGACGGAUCUCCACCGCGAGAGCAUCGAUCACAUCGAGAUUCCGUCGGCGGUGGCCGGCAACCCGCCGCUACGGCGCAUCGCCGAAGUGUUUGACUGCUGGUUCGAGUCGGGCUCGAUGCCGUUCGCCCAGAGUCACUAUCCGUUCGAGAAUCCGACCGAGUUUAUGAACAACUUUCCGGCGGACUUCAUUGCCGAAGGGAUCGAUCAGACGCGCGGCUGGUUCUACACGCUGCUCGUCAUCUCGACGGCGCUCUUCAACAAAGCCCCGUUCAAGAACCUGAACGUAACGGGGCUGGUGCUGGCGGCCGACGGACAAAAGAUGUCGAAACGCAAAAAGAACUAUCCCGACCCGAUGGAGGUGGUCAACAAGUACGGAGCCGAUGCGCUGCGUCUCUAUCUCAUCAACUCGCCGGUGGUGCGGGCCGAGAAUCUCCGCUUCAAGGAGGAGGGUGUCCGGGACAUCAUUAAGGACGUGUUUCUGCCAUGGUUCAACGCGUUCCGGUUCCUCUUCCAGAACGUCGACCGCUUCACGAAAGAGGAGGGUGUCGUCUACCGAUACGAUCCGGUACGGCACGCUGAGAAACGAUCGACGAACGUGAUGGAUGUUUGGAUCAUCUCGUUCAAGGAAUCGUUGCUCAAAUUCGUCACGGAGGAAAUGAAGGCGUACCGGCUGUACACGGUCGUGCCACGGUUGACGCGCUUCAUCGACCAGCUGACGAACUGGUACGUCCGGAUGAACCGGAAGCGCAUCAAGGGAGAGUACGGUGUGGAGGAUUGCUACCACGCGCUCGACACGCUUUACGAUGUGCUGCUGGCGAUGGUCAAGAUGAUGGCCCCCUUCACGCCCUACCUGACGGAAUUCAUGUUCCAACGGUUACGGCUACUGUCGAAGGAACCGCUGGACGGUUCCGUCCACUACCAGAUGAUGCCUGCGUCGAAGGGGCGCUAUAUUAACGUGAAGAUCGAGCGAGCCGUAGCACGGAUGCAGGCCGUCGUCGAGCUCGGGCGGGUGAUGCGUGAUCGGCGCACGAUGCCGAUCAAGUAUCCGCUCACCGAAGUGAUCGUGGUGCACCAAAGCCAGGAGUAUCUUGACGACGUGCGUUCGCUUGAAGCAUUCAUUUUGGAUGAGCUGAAUGUGCGACGUAUGACGCUCAGCUCCGAACGCCAGCGUUACGGAGUGAAGAUGCGUGCCGAAGCCGACCAUAAGACGCUCGGCGUGCGCCUGAAGAACGACUUCAAGCAGGUGCUGCUGGCCAUCAAGCAGCUGACGGACGAAGAGAUCACGCGCCAAAUGGCUGCGGGGUACUUUACAAUCGCCGGCCAUAGGGUGGAGCUGGAGGAGAUCCGGUUGAUCUAUCAAUUCAGCGGCGGCAACGAGGCGUUCGAGGCGCACAGUGAUAACGAUGUGCUCGUCCUGCUCGAUAUGACCCCGAACGAGGAGCUGAUGCGCGAAGGAACGGCACGCGAGAUCAUCAAUCGUAUCCAGAAGCUGAAGAAAAAGGCCAAACUCAUCCCGACCGACCCGGUACUUAUCUACUACACCGUGACCGCAGGGGGUGACGGUGAGGUGCGCCGUGUAGCCGAAAGCCAUCAGAGUUUCAUCGUCAGCACCGUCAAGUCCCCGUUCGCUCCGUACGUACCGGAAGCGGCCAACAAACCGGUGCUCAUUGAGGAAGCGCAAGAGCUGAAGGGCACCACGCUGACAAUCACCAUCUGCUCACCGGAAGAUCGUGAACUGCCGGCCUCCCGGUGGGUGAACCUGCUGCUCGACGAAGCCAUCGUUCCCCGCUACCAAACCGGGCCGGCUUCCCGUAAAGCUUCGUUGCUGCUCACCGGAAACCGAACCGGGGUGGCACUGACUUUCGACCAACUCCGGUGCGAAGUGGAAAGCCUGUUCGGGCUGAAGGAUGUCCGAUUCAAUGUCCUGUCCGGGGCCGACGGUCGGCGGCUUGAGGAGAAGAGCUUCACGAAGCAAGUGGCCGCCCUGCACCAACAAACGCUGUACGUUACGCAGGGCGAAACGCUGCCAGCGGCGGCCAACUGGGCACCGGUGAAGGUACCGUACGUCGCGUUUCGCAACGUCCAGUCCGCCGGCGGACGUAAGGCGACCGUGUUCGAAGAGAAUCCGCUUGGCGUGAAGUGCCCGGUGGCAACGGAAAGUUGAAUUUGGUGAACUCGAACUCGAAAAGUGCGAACUCGGCUAUGCAGGACCAGUCUCCGGUUUCGGGGAAUUAGUGAUGUUGAAGUGUGAAAUAUGCGUUUUUUCUACCUUUCUUUACCCUUUGAGUUGUUAUGCUUUAAGCGAAGAACUAAAAAAUGAAUAUGAAUCCAAUAAAGGUA